AUGUGGACGUGCACAGACGGCUAUGCGCAAAAUGCAGCAUAUGCAAGGAAUGUCUACCAGAGCAACGACAUGUGCUGCGACGAGACCUGUGUGCACGUGGAUUGCGACAAGGGAUACAAGAACAGGGGGUCCUCGGUGCAUGCCACAUCGCGAGAUGCGUGCUGUGAGGUGACCUGCGAGCUGUUCAGCUGCCCUGGAAACUGGAGCCAAAAGCCAGGACCUGUCAGGGUUGGCAACGAUUUGGAGACGUGUUGCGCACCUCAUUGCGCUCUAUUCGACUGUGAAGCACUUGGCUGGGAAGCUGAUCCGGGGGCUUCUGGUCGCAUCGGCGGCAGCAAGACGGAGUGCUGCAAGAAGACAUGCUCAUCGUGGUCGUGCCCGACUGGAUACGCAGUUCCUAAGAGCAUGCGACACUUGGAUUCGCCCAGUGAUUCAAAAUGCUGUCGGCAGACGUAUUGCUCCGCAUUCAAAUGUGACGCGGGUUGGAAUCGCAAUGAAUCUGCCAAAGAUCAAGUCGGCCAUUCGAACGAAGAGUGCUGCAUCGCUACCUGUGCUGUUUACACAUGCGAUGCCUCUGCUGGCUGGGCAAAUUCGCCCGCAAAGAAAAACGUCGUUGGGGAUAGCCCCUUACUCUGCUGUGAACCGGCUUGCAGCAAUCACACCUGCAGCAAGAAGUGGGUGCCGAACAAGCUUGUUUGGGACAAGCCUGGCCAAACGGAUGAUGUUUGCUGCAUGAAGUCUUGCGAGCUUCAUGAUUGCAAUGCAUCCCUCGGGUGGAAGACAAAUGGCCAAGCAGCGUCACAGCCUGCAGACAGCGAUGCGACGUGCUGCCUGCCAACUUGCAGAAGAUACUCUUGCAGUCAUGGAUGGGUCGCGAACCCAAAAGCUUCUGACAAGGAGGGUGGCAGCGAUGAAGAGUGUUGUUUGAAGACCUGUCGGGCGUACUCCUGCGAUGCUUCACUGGGAUGGCUGCAGGAUCCAGUGUCGCUGGACAAGGUGGGUGAGGAUGUGUCGACUUGCUGUAAGCCAGCGUGCAGUCAGCACAAAUGCAGCUCAGGCUGGGUGGCGAACGCGGCCAAGAGAAACACUGCCGGCGACACUGACGAAGAAUGCUGCUUGAAGUCAUGCCUUUUGCACUCCUGCAGCGGUAACGAUGCGAUCCUGGUCAAGAAGCUGGGCAUUGACGAUGCCCCCGGCGAGACGGACAAAGCUUGCUGCGAGCCGGCAGACUGCCAGGAAUGGCCACGCAAACUCGCGCAAGCAGAGAAAGGAUGUGAAAAGGUUCCCAUCACACAGGAGUGUAAUGGAAUGUACGAGAAGUCCAAGCCGGCAGAUGACGGAUCCACGACGUUUUCUCGCUGUGGCUAUCAAUACGUCGGAGGCCAGGUGUUUCGUUGCGGUUCCCUGGAUGCCUCCAAGUUGGUUUGUGGCCGUUAA